AAAGAAACUCUUCUCAUCUACGUUUGAAUAAAUUGAAUCUUCUCUACUGUAUAUUCGCAGAGAAAGCGAUCUCCAUUUCUACAGAGCUCUAGAGAGAGAACCUCUCAAUCGGAGAGAAAGCAUCUCAUGGCUUCAUUCGAUUCCUUCGGCAUCGACGGCGAGGAGAUUCACACUUCUAAUCACAGAUCUUUCCAAGAAGAAGAAGACGAUAGCUACUCUAACUUCGGUUCCUACUCCAACUUUACCACCGGCGAGUUCCCUAGCGCUGAUGUCCCCGUAGAUCAUGCCUCUGCUUCGUCUCCUGAUGUUUUUGGAUUCGGAUCUUCCUCUGUUGAUGUAGAUCCGAAUGCUAGCUACUCGCAGAGUCCGUUCAGCCCGAUCCACGUUGAAAAUGGCAAUGGAAACGGUUAUAAUGUAGCUGGAGAUGACGUCUUUGCUUCGGAUGGGCCUGUGCUUCCUCCACCUUCUGAGAUGGAGCCUGAGGAAGGAUAUGCCCUUCGCGAGUGGCGGCGUCAAAACGCCAUUCUUCUUGAGGAGAAGGAAAAGAGGGAAAAGGAAAUGAGAAGGCAGAUCAUUGAAGAAGCAGAAGUGUUCAUACAUGCUUUCUAUGAGAAAAGGAAGCUUAACAUUGAGACCAACAAAACCAACAACAGGGAAAGGGAAAAGGUAUACUUGGCCAACCAAGAGAAAUUCCAUAAAGAGGCUGACAAGCAGUACUGGAAAGCAAUAGCAGAGCUUAUUCCUCACGAGGUUCCCAACAUUGAGAAGAAGAGAGGCAAGAAGGAUCAAGAAAAGAAACCAUCAAUUACUGUAAUCCAGGGGCCAAAGCCAGGAAAACCCACUGAUCUUUCAAGGAUGCGUCACAUACUCGUGAAGCUGAAACACACACCCCCACCUCACAUGAUGCCCCCUCCACCUGCACCCAAAAAGGACGCCAAAGACGGAAAGGAUGGAAAAGACGCCAAAACCGGAAAAGAUGCAGCAGCAUCAAAUGCAACAGGCUCUGCAGCGAAGGAGCCUGUUGCAUCUGUUAAAGAUGCCACUUCAAAUGGUUCAUCGGACACUCCCAAGGAAGAGGUUCCUCCCGCUGGUGACCAGCCUGCCAAAGAACCCGAAUCAACACCAACUGCUUAAUCACUGGCAUUAUUACCUUGUCUUCACUAGCUUUUUCAAUUUUAUAUUUUGUAUGAUCUUUUGUCCACUUAUACCUUUGUCUUUAUGAGCUAUUGUCUUUUAUCUGAUGCAGAUGUGACUCUGGAUUUUAUUCUUUGAAGGAGGUAUAUUGCAUAAAACUGGAAUUUAGUUUUCUAGACCAGUUCGUGCUUUUUAUAAAGCUUGUUUGCUGGCAUUGGAAAACAACUGAAAUUGCCCUCUUCUCCUCUUGUUCAUGCGAUUGAAUUUUCUAUCAAUAUAUUAUUAUUUUUUUCUA